AUGUCUGCCGCCCGACAGUUCACCCGCACCGCCUCGCGCGUCUCCGCGCAGCUCCGCGUCCCUGCCCAGCGCCGCUUUGCCAGCACCGCCGAGAACGAGUUCAUCAAGGAGCGCCAGCACAUCAAGGAGCACGCCAAGGGCACCACUGAGCUCUGGAAGAAGAUCUCCAUCUUCGGCGUCAUCCCCGCCCUCGCCCUGUCCGGUGCCAACGCCUACUGGCUCUGGAACGAGCACUGGGACCACUGGAACCACAUGCCUCCUCUGGAGGAGCGCACCGAGUACCCCUACCAGAACAUCCGCUCCAAGAACUACCAGUGGGGUGAUGGCGACAAGACUCUCUUCUGGAACGAGAGCGUCAACUACCACAACAAGGACAAGGUCGCCUAA